AUGGGGUUAAAACUUGGAACGUCAGGUGAAUCGUUUGUCCUCUGCAAAUUUCAUAAGAUACAAACAAGAACUUACUCCCUUAAGAGUGGUAAAGUAAUACCCAGUGAAACAUGGUAUGGUGAACAGAAAAAGAAAACAAAAUCAAGUAAAGUUAAAGAAGACCAGAAAAUUUCACAGACAGAUGACAUAAUAUCUCAAAAAGCAUCUGACUCUAUUGAUGUACAUAUUGUGGGGAAGGGUAGCAAGGGGUUUUCGAGAGCUGUAGUCAUCAACACAACAUCUACAAGGUAUCUUUUUAACUGUGGUGAAGGAAUUCAAAGAUUUUUCAUGGUAGACAAAUUGAAGAUUGCCAAGAUAGAACAUCUUUUUCUGACCAGUAAUAGUUGGAGUAACAUUGGUGGAUUAAUAGGUUUAUUAUUUAUGUUAGAAAACAUAGGUGUACCCAAAAUAACUCUUCAUGGACCCCCUAAUGUGGAGGGUAUAUCCAGUAUGUGUAAACAUUUAGGACAGUCAGAUGGGACAAAAUUAGAAAAGAGAUUGCUUACUGAAGGAAAUUACGAAGACAAUAACUUCAAGUUUCAAUACGUACCAUUCUUUCGUAAAAAAGAAAAGACUGAUGAAGCAGCGUUUGCCAGUAAAAAACCCAAGUUAGACAGUCUACCUGUUGAGGUUUCCGUAGCCUAUAUCUGUACACCUAAACCCUCGAUAAGGAGAAUAGAUAUUCAGAAAUGCAUCGAAUUGGAUAUUGCUCCAGGUCCAUGUUUAAAUUUGGUCAAAACUGGUGAAUCAGUAACAUUAGAAGACGGAAGAGUGAUUAAUUCUGAAGAUAUUUUAAAGCCACUUGUUCAAUCUCCUUCAUUUAUCAAAUGUUCUCACUCUGGGUUUUUAACUCCAUUGAUUAAUAACGAAGGAUUGAAAAAAUAUCAAAACACAGAUGAAAAUACACCAGUAGAAAUGACAGUUGAUUUAAUUAUUCACCUAACUCCAGAACAUAUAGUAAAAUUACCUGAAUAUCAACAAUGGAUCAACAGUUUUGGAGCGAAUGUUAAACAUAUGAUAUUUGAAGAUACGUUCAGUAACGUCAUGGAUGAUGAGGGCUCAAAAAUACAAAGCCACCUCAAUUUACUCCAUCCUGAGUUAUUCCCCUUGUUACCAGCAUUGACCACGCCCACCUCGACUCUACCUGAUAUGACUAGUAAUAUUAUUACAGGGGAAAAUAACUUGAAGUAUCAUUAUAAACCAUAUACACAAUUAUCAAGAGAGUUAAUAACUCAGCCAAACCUUGAAGAUUUCCAGAGUGAAAUAACAAGAAAUCCUGAAAUUACUGAAGCAAUAGAUAAUUUUAAACAAGAGGUCGCUAAAUUAAAAUCAGAGAUUCCUAAAGAUGAUCGAGUGUAUCCAGAGAUUGUAUUUUUAGGUACUGGAGCCUCAACAUCAUCAAAGUUCAGAAAUUUUAGUGGAAUUCUGUUACGUUUAGAUGACAGUAAGAGUAUAAUGUUAGACUGUGGUGAAGCUACUAUAAGUCAGUUAUAUGAUCAUUAUGGUGAAAAAACAGACUCUAUAUUACGUACUCUUAAUGGUGUAUUUAUAUCACAUAUGCAUGCUGAUCAUCAUUUAGGCCUUUGUGGUAUUAUACAGGCUAGGCUAGAUGCGUUUGGAAAAGAAAAGAAAGACAUCCCUCGUUUAAUCGUAGCUGCUCCAUCAUCGAUGAAGAGGUGGAUAAAUUAUAUUGAUGGGAGAAUUUAUCCAGUUUCUGCAGCUAUAAAGUUUUUUCCCUUACAAAGACUGAAAUUAGAAGAUAAACUGAAUAUUGCAAAACUUCUCAACCUUGAUGAUUUUAACCCAGUUGAUGUGAAUCAUUGUCUAGGAGCUAAAGGACUGUGUUUAAAAUAUAAUGGUUUUAAAUUGGUAUAUUCUGGAGAUACAAUGCCUUGUAAUAACUUAGUUCGCCAUGGAAAAGAUUGUGAUAUUUUGAUUCAUGAAGCAACAUUUGAUGAAGGAAUGGAGAAAGAGGCUAAAUUUAAAAUGCACAGUACAACAACACAAGCUAUAGAAAUUGGACAGAAGAUGAAAGCCAAGCAGAUCAUAUUGACCCAUUUCAGUCAAAGAUUUAAAAAAGUGCCAAAUUUUACCAAUAUACAUACUUCCAAUGUUUCCAUAGCUUUUGAUCAUAUGACGGUUCGACCGUGUGAUUAUCCCUAUCUAUCAUUGUUAUUAAAACCUCUAGCAGUGAUGUUUGAAGAUGCCAUCAAAAUAAACAAUAUUAUUAAAAUGAAAAGGACCCAAAAAGAUGCUUUGAAAUUGGAAUCUGAGGCUGCACAAGUCAAGUCUCAUAGCAGCUGA